AAAAAAAAUGCUGUCGAUAGUUUAUCGAAUGAUGUAAUUUCCUUAUUUAUUUCAUAUUCAAGAUGGUGAAGCUGUCAAACCCCAUAAAUAUCUUGCGUAGAAUCUACAACAACGAAUUCCAAUGGAUGCUGGUCAAGAGCUAUGGACUGUUUUUUGUGGGUGUUCGUCUUGCCAAAGAGUUUGUGGGUGUGGAGCUGAUGCCGGCGCUGAGACCAUCCUAGUCAUAAAAGAAAAACAACCUAUGUACCUUACACGAAAUUAAAUUUAACAAAGUUUAAUACGAAAAGUAUAGACAAUUAAAAGAGUUUGAUCAGUGCUAGCCUCUGCCGACCAUAA